AUGGCUACUUUCUCACGGGGCAUCGCCCUGCUCCCUCUCCCGCUCCCGCUGCGAGCUCUCCCACGCCCGGCGCACCCCGUCGGAUCGACCCGAUUCCUCACAACCUCGCUCCGCCGACUGCGAGCACCGCAAUCGGCCUCCCCGUCUGCAAAGCCAGCAAAGAAACCACCGUCCAGCCCACCCCCCGCCGCGAGAGGGAGCCCGACGACCGCCGCAGCCUCCCGGUACGCAUUCAUCAAGAGCCUCUCGUCGAAGCAGACGCCGACGGUGCUGUACGAGGCCCCCUCCCACUUCUGGUUCUACUUUGGCUGCUGGACCAGCGGCACCGCGAUCCUCGCGUGGACGGCGCUCACGGGGCCGACGGUCGUCGAGCAGCCCGACGGCACGCCCCAGUGGGUGGGCUACGUGUUCGGCGCCUCGUACGUGCUCCUCGGCGCCAUGGGGUUCUACCUGCUCUCCAAGACGCCCAACAUUGUCGGCGCGAUACGCGUGCUGCCGCCAACCACGGGGGCAGCGCACCCGCGCCUCGAGGUCACGGUGAAGCGCAUGCUGCCCGUGCUCAAGCCGAGGACCGUCGUCGCACCCCUCGAAAACGUCCGCCUCAAGUCGAGGUUCUCCCUGCCCGAGGAGUACGUCCCCGAGCUGAGGCGGCUGGAGCUCAGGAUGAGGGAGGAGGAGCGGCGCCAGGCGCUGCGCAAGUUUGACAUGGAGCACCUCUUGACCAUGCCGUUCCGGAGGCUGGGCAGGGCGUUUGCCAACAUGUUUCGCGGGGUGAGGAGCGCGUGGACGGACAUGGGAUUUGGGGUCUUGAGCGUCGACGGGAAGGAGUACAAGGUUGAUGUGACAAAGGGGUUCGCGCACGAUGGGUUCAAGACGUUGGAGCAGAUUGUGGCCGUGGGAUAUACAAAAUAG